CCUCCAGUUGAUAGCCUGUUCCAUGUUUGGGAUUGUUAUGAUGGGAGGCCGCAGCCAUCUUGGACCAGCGCCGCUUCACACCGAGCAGCAGCGCUGGAGGACAGACGACGUUAACGGCUGAGCCAGCGAGCUAACGUUAGCUGCAGGGACAGAUUAACCACAAUCUGGAGCGACUAUGCUUCAUAUAUGCUAUUUUUCUUCGUUAGCUGCCGCUUUGAGUGCAUAAAAAUGAGCGUAAACUGUGUUAAGUGUUUACCGUUAUAAACCCGGAGAGGGCGGCGGCAGUGCAGAUCUUCGGUAUAUAUUUUUUAAAACAUUUCUGAAUAGAGGAGUUACUAUGAAUGGAGGAUAAAUGUUGCCGAAGCUUGACAGCAGCAGUUUCGUCCUCUUCUCUCUUCUCUUCGUCCUCACGCUAACGGACCCACCACGGACAGGUCCACGGCUAGCUCUGGCAAGAUUAUUGUCAGAGCAGCGCUGCAGCCCUGGGCAGUUUGCCUGCCGCAGUGGGAAGAUGCAGUGUAUCCCAAUGUCCUGGCAGUGUGACGGCUGGACAGCAUGUGAGGACAAGAGUGACGAGAUGGACUGUCCCCCUAUUAAGGAGGAGAGGUUUCGUUUUGGCAAUGGAUAUGACCAGGUAGAAGACGUCAUUGGUGUGGCUCAGCCUGUGCGCUUCAACAAGAAAUGCCCCAGUGGGUGGCACCACUACGAGAAGACGGCCAGCUGUUACAAAGUGUAUCUGAGGAACGAGAAUUACUGGCAGGCUGUGGAUACUUGUCAGAAAGUCAACGGCUCAUUGGCUACGUUUGUCACCAACGAGGAGCUGCAGUUCAUACUGAAGAUCGAGGUGGAUUUUGACGACAAAGUCUGUGAGCGCAGAGACCAGUGCAAGUUUUGGGUGGGCUACCAGUAUGUGAUCACCAAUCAGAACCACUCCCUCGAGGGCCGCUGGGAGGUAGCAUAUAAGGGAUCAAUGCAGGUGUUUCUGCCACCUGAGGGUCUGACCAAUUUUGGGGAGGCAUCUCCCACCCAGGACAAUGUCUUCUGUGCCCAGCUGCAGCGCUUUCAGAUCAAAAGCAUGAAUGAACGAGGCCUGCACAGCUGGCACGCGGAGAACUGCUACAAGAAGUUCCCCUUCCUCUGCAAGAGAAGGCAAACGUGCGUGGAUAUAAAAGACAAUGUUGUAAACGAGGGCUACUACUUCACCCCUAAGGGGGACGACCCGUGUCUGAGCUGCACGUGUCAUGACGGUGAGCCUGAGAUGUGUGUAGCUGCGCUGUGUGAGCGUCCGCAGGGCUGCCAGCACUUCCGCAAGGAUCCCAAAGAGUGCUGCAAGUUCACCUGCCUCGACCCAGGAAACAGUCUGUUUGACUCGAUGGCCAGCGGGAUGAGACUGAUCGUCAGCUGCAUCUCGUCCUUUCUCAUCCUCUCUCUGCUGCUCUUCAUGGUGCACAGACUCCGUCAGCGGAGACGUGAACGCAUUGAAACUCUGAUUGGAGGAAACUUGCAUCACUUUAACCUUGGAAGACGAGUACCAGGCUUUGACUACGGCCCGGAUGUCUUUGGCACCGGCCUCACUCCCCUGCAUCUGUCUGAUGAUGGAGAGGGAGGCGCUUUCCAUUUCCAGGAGCCUCCUCCACCGUACGCAGCCUACAAAUACCCCGACAUCCAACACCCUGAUGACCCCCCUCCUCCGUAUGAGGCCUCCAUCAACCCAGACAGCCUCCUCUAUGUGGACCUUGGACACCGAGGGGUUUCCAUGGUGCCAAGCCAGAUGAACGCCAUGGGAGACAGGCUCCAGGCUGAUAUUCCCAACGCCUCUGGUCCAACGCCAGGCUCUGCGCCGUCCUCUCAGGAGAGGGAGGACUCCAUAGAUAGCAGCACCCUCCUGGUGGGGCCCGACACUCCGACAGAUGGCCCCGCCUCCGCCUCCAUGCCCACAGACUGUAUCUCCACCCUCAGCACCGUAGUAUAGGACUGUGGAUGGACGGCAGGGAGCUGUAUCCGGACAUUACCUGCUGGUGGAGGAAGGUCAUGAGUGCGUUCUGUGCAGGGAGACGACGCAGCUUGUGUCGUUUAUCAAAAUGCUGACUGCAGGCAGGAAAGGUUUACAGGCAUAUCAGAAGCAGCCUGUGUCUUUGAGGUGUUACAGCGAUGCGAGGAUGCCCUCUUUCGGAAGACUCUUCUGCAGUUGGCCUUAGUGUUGUUGUUUUUUUAAGACACUGGCAUCUGAGGGAGCAGAGACAGGACUGUGUCGGUACAGAGAAGAAGAAAAAAACACUACAUUUGAGCAAACAUCUCAGAGUUGGCCUGAUUGAUCGAGAAGCCCUGAUGUAAAUACCCUCUCAGGUCUGUGCCGGUCAAAUUUGUUAUACUUGUGUGUCCCAGUCCGACACAAGGUGAAGAAUGACCAAUGGGCAGUGAAGCCAGCUAUAGAUCCUUGUGCGUUUUUGUUUGCAUCAUACUGUCGUUCAAACGGACGCAUCUCUAUUGAGCUGUCAGGCUUAACGAUUAAGUUCUCAUCAGCACCGUCUGUCACGACAUGUCCCAGAUCUCGAUUUCUACUCGCUCAUAAAAAUCUACUGUCCCCUCACUUUAUUAGUCUGAAACAUGAAGCUGUCUUCCAGGUUUAUAGCGCAAAUUUGCAGCAAAAGAUCUUUUGUAAUAAAGAGGUUUAACCUUGCAAGAAGGUACGGUUAGUUUCCUGCUAUAGGGUUUUUAUUAGGUCAUGCUGACAAGGCAUUAUGUAUCAAGGAAUGUUGUGGGUACUGAUAAAUAUCUGAGUUUGGUAUUGUGUUCUUUUUGAUGAUAAUUUGAGUGCAGGCUGUAAUCUUUAUUGUUAUAUUGUGGGAUACACGCAGUCUGAACUCCCCGCUGAAGCUUUUCAAGUGCAUGUGUGAAGACUAGGGAUGAUGUCCCUUCAUUGAAUUUGAGACAAGUCAGUUUAUCUAAAAUAACUGUUCCAAUCAUGAAGUCAUUUAAUAAUGCAGAAGGUCCCAUUGUUGUUACUUUUAUCAUCAACUCUUUGCAGGAUAGUCGUGUUUUUGCUAAUUGAACUAUGUUUAGUGACUCAAAGCUCAACGUUCUUGCACGCUCAUCUCUCGAUUAAAUCAAGUUUUUUUUUUUUUGUUUUUUUUGUAUGUUUAUUUGUUUGUUUGUUAUUGGGGGAGGGGAAGAAAUUUCUAAGUUGUCACAUUUUGAAUGCUGACCCCCCCCCCCCCCCUUCCCAAUUUGUUUUGUAUGUGCGAUUCUUCACGCGAUACACCAGUUAUCUCAGUUAGUGGUAGCUGCAAGUCGUUUUCUGUUUGGUGUUGAUGGGUCUGUUACUCGCAUUUAAAAAGACGAAGAAGAAAAGUAUAAACUUGUUAGACCCUUGUUAUGAUGACAAUCGUUUGAUUUUCUCAAGGAUGAAUUUUUGCAGAGCCUGAAGAAGUUAGAUCGGUCGACCCACAGCCACCAGCAUUCAAACCACUUUUGAUCUGACUCAAGAAAACCAGCUGUAAAUGUGUGUCUGAAUGUAUAAAACAUCUUUAUUUUGUGCUGAAGCUUAUUUUCCCCAUUUAUAAUUUUAUUUUUUGGCAUAGACAAUCCACAGUGGAUUAUCCAACAAACAAAAUGUCAUGGAGGGGAAAAAAAGUACUGUGUGCAUGUGUGUGUGUCUAGGAGAUGGUUAAUUUUAUUUUUUCCCCCCAUCAAGUUUGUUUGGUUUUAUUUUUCAACCUGCUUUUUAGUGCAUGGUUUUUUUUUGUUUGUUUUUUUUCUUUUGGCAUGCUGAGAGAUUAUUCUUUUGAUAUAAACAUUUUUAGAUCAACAGUCGGUCCUGUACAGUAGGCUCGCAUAUAAUUUCACAUCUCCGUAUGAAUCAAAAAACCUGCCCAUGAACCCAACAGCUGCAUUUACACUGUAGUUUCUGUGCUAGACUAUGGUGGCGUGAUAACUAAUUUUACUGGAUUUGAAAUGUUUUAUGUAUAAUACAAAAAAUUCUUCAUUUCAUGUCUUUUAUUUCAUAGCCUUUACAUUUAAAAAAAGAAGCUUAAUUUGCAGGGGGGCGGGGGCUUGUGUUUUUUUGAGGUAGAUGUACAUCUAAUCAAAUGCCAAAUAAAUUGCACCAUGAUGGAA